CUGUUAGACUAGCUAACAUAGCUCAGAAAAGGCAUCAGAUACCCCUGGCUGAGUGUGUUUGACACCAGAUAGAAUAUUAACCAGAAAGUCAUGGAACAGGAUAAAUGGGCUCAAGCUGGAUGGAGAAUAGAACAGAAAUAUGGAAGCAAAGUGCUGAUAGGAAACUGGGCAGAGGAAAGACUUCAGUUCACUCGAGAGCCAAAGAUAGCCAACAGCACCAGUCGAGCAGCCUACCGGUCCCACUGGGACUUUAAGCCAGACGUCUCUGAGAGAAGAUCUGCCCUGCUGAGAGCUGAGGGGAUUCCAUAUAAGAUGCUCUUCACCCACCAGAGCCCACCAUCCUCAGAUUAUUUGGUCACACAAUAUCAAGAAAGCUAUGUGCAUAAGCAAAAUAAUGCUUUGCCAAUUCUGCAACCACAGCAUCCAGACAACUCUACACAGAAACCUGAAAGAUCUGACCAGCCAGUUUCUCCACUUUCAACUAAGUCUGGUUUGCUGCAUUCCACAAAUCGCUGUUUUGAAAAGCAGCAGUCACAUCUUCCAUCACUGACUGUGAAUGGGUCAGCAUACCAAAGACACCCACUUAGUGCCUUCUGCCAGAACCGCUUUGCCAGGGCAUCACGUAUGCUUUCCAGCCAUUUCUAUGCAGCCAAUCACAACAACAAAGAUCUGCAUCUGAGAGAUCGUUUCCUCCUACAAGUCCCUGAUUGUUGUAUCAGUCAGAAUUAAAGAAAGAAAUGUUGCUGCUGAAUUGUCUCACAUACAUAAUUUAGAACAUUAAUUCAAAGUGGCGUUUUUAUGGUUAUUUUGAAUGUUUAAUGUUAAUUGAAAUCAUAAAAAUCACACAGUGGAUAACAUGGUUCUCAUAAGAUCUUUGUGAGGAUUUCAG